AUUGGGAUUGGAUUUAGUUGGAUGGAUACGUUAUUUUGAGAUGUGGCUUUUUCGAUAUUAAAUGGUGUGUUCUUGUGUUGUGGUGGUUACUUUAGGGGCUAUAAAAUAAAACUGUUCAUCUUAAUUUCCUUAUUAGUUUAAUAGUUUAGGUGGGUAGUGUAUAAAAUAAAAACAAUCUGCAGAGUGUAUUUAUAGACUGUAAGUUUUAGAUGGGGCCGUCACCAGCUAAACCAGGACCAGACAAGUGUUCUGGCCCUUCAGAUAACGUGUACUAUGGAGUGUUUCUACCGCCGGAUGUACAGCCUUCAAAUGAAGAUCCGGAAGGCUCGGUGGUGUUCAAGGACAAGUCAGAGGCUCUGAAGCUCGUUAAGAAGUACAAGAAGGCAAGAUUCAAGGCGUUCCGUACGCUCACUGAUGCGAUGCAGUUUGCUGCGUGUGGCCUCGAGACUGCAACGGCAUGUCCCACCUCGCCUGUUGCCGGGGAGAAGCCCAGUCCCUUCCGAGGGCCCAAGCCACAAGACAUGGUGCGUCUGAGGAAGGCCAUCGAGGCGGGAGAUCUCGAGUGGGUGAAGAAGACUGUGUGGGAAAAUCCUAGAUAUUUAGUCAGCAGCGGCGACACACCGUCUAUCUUACAGGAGGGUCCGAGAUAUAACGCUCUGCACAUCGCAGCGAAGGCACGCAACGCAGCAAUCUGCGCUUUUAUCUUGGAGACAGUGUCCAAUCCCGAGUUCAUCAAACACCUCUACGGAGACACACUGGACGCUGAACAGAGAUGCUCGGUGCUGUUGGAUUUGUAUCUCAACACCCCAGAACACAAGGCAAUGAACGAGACGCCACUUCACUUUGCCUCCAAGUUCGGUGCGGCCAGUGUCGUACAAGUGUUGGUGGCGUACGGCCAAUGUGAUAGAACUGCCGUCAACAAGUUGAAUCACACCGCCAAAGAUGUUGUCUGCAGCAGAAUGCCAGACGCGGACCCCAGUUUGAAGGAAGAGAUACUAGCCAUGCUGGAAGAACAGUUUUACGUUCCUGUCCUAAGAUCUCCGGAUCACUCUGUCGAGGCUACGGUUGGCAAGCCCUUCUCCCCUUCUAGUCCCCUACAACAAGAUGAGCCUGGCGAGGUUACCAGCCCUGUACUGGAGGUGCAGGCUGUGGCGGGACCCAUGCCGAAGCAGAAAGCAGAACUGUUCAGACGCAGGUGGAAAACUCCGCCUCGGCUACCGGGCUCACCUCUCACUCCUCGACGGCCGCAACUAGCAGAUCAGGACAAGGGCUGGGAGAGAGUUGGCAGAGAAUUGGCCCAAGAGUGGAAAGUACCUUGGAAGGAAUACUGGCCUUUCCUAAAUACUUACGUUGAUCUCAGUUCACAAGAAGGCCUUCAACUUUUAGAAGAAUAUCUUCGUAAGCGUUUCAAAAACGCAAGCGAAGGUAACGACACCACUGCAGUAACGGACAAACCGACCACGCCGAAGCAAAUCAACGGAGUUACUCCAGAGAGUCCAAUCUCAGAACUGUGUAGUGCCUUGAGAAAUUGUAGUCUGGCUAGUGGAGGGGGUAACAAACCCCCGCCUUCACGUCACCCCCUACCUCCACGAGGACCACAGUGGAGGGUCACAGUCCACCACAACGGGGACAUUCCUACACAUGUCACCAGCCCCCAUCUCUACAUGGAGAAGUCCUGUCAGGUGUUUGCCAAGCGAAUCGCUGAUGGUUUCUUGGUUGGAGACGGAGACACGGAGUUCCUCUGGGUAGAAGUGAAGCAUUUAAACGUCCUUGUUGCGUCGUGCAGAAGUGACAACCGCUUCUCCCAACUUGACUUCUGCUGUCUACACGCCAGACUGGGACAAAUAGUCGCACAACGCCUCGACCAAGCCGAACUUACCAAAGUCACCGACUGCCUUCGAUCUCUUAUUAAUAGGAAGCUGGAAGACUGUUACUCGUCAGACGAGGAUGAUCUGAUAGACCUGGUGUAUGUGCGUAGACCUCGUGUGGACCGUCGAGACAGACAGACGUUGUACACAGCCGUGGUGUGUGUGGCGCGCGCAGUGUUGACGGCUCUAGACAACCCUGUAACAGAUACACCAGCCUCCGAACAUACCUGCGCUGACGUCUGGGCACGAUGCACACGCUGCGACUGCACGUUUCCUACCAAACACGGCCGUCGCAAGCUGGCGUCGCAGAAGAAACUUAACUUCAAUAAUGAUCUCGAUGAGGUCAAUCCUGGAGCCGGAGACGAGGUCACAGGUCGAGGUCAAGGGGUCGUCUCAGCAUACAGCUCCGGCGAAGAGUCUGACACUUCAGAUACCAGUGAAUGUGAGUUUUUUACUCCGCCUUCCUCACCGGGGAUCAGAUCUGACGAUGACCUAGCUAUGGAGAGCCCAGACGAGGGACCCGAUGUGUACAUCAGCGGGAACACCCCCAGCAAACUGGACUUGGCUGUGAUGGAGGCUAUCAGAGGCAGUGAGAUCUCAAAGGCUAAGUAUCCCAAUAUCUGCCGAUGGCGCCACCUUGUAUUGCUGCACUCCGAACACGAGAGACAAACCUGGAUUUCGACUCCAAAGCACAAAUCUUCACCUUCCAGUGGCUUCCUGUGGCAUCGAACCCCGAGCAUAAAUGUUACGAGUCACUGACAUCACACCUGGAUCAAUCUCUUCUACUUGUUAACUUAUUUAACUUUAAUAAAUCAAAUUUGCUAUUUGUUUCAUAUUUUUA